AUGACAGGAGCGUUGGCGAACAUCAAUGAGGUAUUCCUGUUUGCCGUCCACUUCUGGCGGCCUCAUCUGGCGAUCAUGGCGCUCUCGGCGGUAUUGAUCUUGCUUUCGACGAGCAUGAACAUUGUCAUCCCACAGCUCGCACAGGAAGUUGCGACGUUUGACAGCAAUACUCAAGACGCAGACAAGGGCCAGUUUUGGUUGCCAGUACUCAUCUCGGCUCCGCCUGGUCUGGUAAGUCGCUGUGCCUUACUGGCUGCUGUUAUUGUCCUGUACCACACCACCUCAUUUGCUGGGCACAAGAUGGCGUACCUUGCUGGGCAGCGGAUUCACAACACUAUUCUGGAGACUGUGCUCUUCGCUAUUCUGACGACACCGCACCUGGACCGUAUUUCGUCGGUAAAUCCUGUCAAACUUGGACAGGUAAUCCUUUCUAGCGCAAAGACGUCGGCAGAUGUUGUGGGAGCAUUACUAACCGAUGUGCUCUCGUCACUGUGCGGCGCCGUAGUCCUCCUUGGCUUGCUUUUACACAUGUCUGCGAGGUUAACACUGACAAUAGGUGUUGUGUUUAUGAGCUCUCAGCUUGUGCUCUUGGGCGUGCGUCGGAAACAACACAACCGCAGCAAGGAAUUGGCGCUGGCGGAGUCUAACGUGCAGGCUCUCACAACCAAUGCACUCCACCGUAGCGUGACUGUUCGUGUAUUUCAUGCAAAACCCCUCAUUAUGAGCGGCCUUCGUGAGAGACUGCAACACUUGUCAAGCAUUAAUGAGGAUGUCGUAACGGCAAUACAUGGACAAACUGGGGUUUCUUCGGCUGUGACAAGACUUCUUUUCGUGCUCGUUCUUGGCAUAACAAACAGUUAUCGCCAGAGGGGUGAACUGGGUAUUGUGGAUAUUGCCAUGUACUACAUGUUUAUGUAUCAGUUCAUCAACCGAACGCUUAGCCUAGUGCAUGAAUAUCACCGGGCAGUGUCCCUGCUGGAGGGCCUUCACACACUACAGCAGUUGGUUGUCUGGUACGGAGUGGAGCAUGUGGUGCGGCAAGAGUUAGCAGCUUCUCACCCAGAAGUAUCAAUUAAGGAGACUGUGAAUCAAACUUCCGUGGAGGAAGGAUCUAAAAGUGAUGGAGCAACAACCACGCUGGACAGCUCAGCCACCGCAGUCCUGGAGAACGUUAGUUACGUUUACCCAGAGGUUCCUUCCUUCCUUGUUGAUGCCACUGAGAAGGACGCCAACAGCAGAGCGCGGUGUGGUCCGAACGAAAGCGACACCUUCUCUUCCACGUAUUCAAACAGUUCUAGAGGGAGCGGCAUUCACGAUGUAACGCUCACAAUAGAACCGGAAAAGAUCACUGUCUUGUACGGUUCAAGUGGUGCUGGCAAGAGCACCUGCCUGCGAUUACUCGCUGGCCUGUUGCAGCCGUUAAAGGGGACAGUGCGCACCCACUCCAAAGUGGCGCUUUUGGAGCAACAACAGGCAGUCCUGCUGGGCACCGUUGCGGACAAUAUUCUCAUGGAAGACACCAGCACCUUUUCAAAGGCAAAGCAGGAGAAGGCAAGGCACAAUGUCAAUCUUGCAAUGCGGCAGAGUGGUUGCCAGUCGUUCCUAGGCGAUCCAUUUCGGACGGUUAUUCAUAGUCCUGACAGAGCUCAAUUCAGCGGUGGACAACUGCAACGAAUUUGCAUGGCGCGUCUCUACGCACAUCAACAAUGCACUCUCCUCCUCCUUGAUGAACCAACAACAGGACUUGACGCACCCAGUGUCGAGCAUCUUUUAGCCACGUUGACUGAACUCAACAAAGUCCAUCACAAAACAAUUGUGGUUGCUUCGCAUGACACGCGUGUAUCGGCUAUUGCCCAUAAUAUUAUCGACAUGCAAGACACAAGAAAGAAUCAAUAG